AUGAGGGUUCAAUUUCGGUCAGUUGGUAACCGGAAUUUGCUUAGGUGUCAAAAAUUUGUCUCAACGAUAAGGAGAGAUGGGGCAUUAGAUCUGGCUAUCCUAGAGGAAGAGGAGAGAUGGGGCAUCAGAUCUUCAGUCGCAGCAUCAGAGACCAAGGUUUCAUCUCUUUCCUGCGCUUCUCUCCUUCUAUUUUUCCGAUGUGGGAAAUUGAAACAAAACCAAUCUCAUACAUUGUAUGCUUCAAAUUUACCGGAGACGCUGAUGCUCCACCGACGCCAAGAGACGAUGGUGGGGGAUGAAGAAAGCCUGAAGAAACGAAAGAUCAAAGGCAUUUCCAUUGUGGAUAUUUCGGAAGAUUUGCUGGUGGAAAUUUUAUCGAGGCUUACGGUGGAGUCACUGAUGCAAUUGAGGUGCGUUUGCAAAGCUUGGCGUGAUUUUAUUCGAAGACCAGACUUUAUUUCCAAGCACUAUUUGAUGCAAACCACUCUACGGAACGUCAAUCUCAUUGUGAGUCAUGAACGUAGUUUCUUUUCCUUGCUCUCUUCUUGUUCUGACGUUGAUGACACGCUUAGGGUUACAGAAACCAUUAAAAUAGAGGACGAAAAUUUUCUGAGGGACUUAUAUGUGAUGGGUCCCUGUAACGGCUUGAUUUGUCUGGCUCACAAAUCUAAUAUCCACAGAAUUUUUCUCUGGAAUCCGGCAACCAGAGAGUAUAAGCAUCUUCCUUUGUCCACGGUGGAAUCGCGACCUCGUUCUGAGGAUGGCACCUUAGGGUUUGAUUUUGACAGCAAGAAUGACGACUUUAAGGUGCUAAGGAUUCCUACUAUACGCCGCGGCGGUUACAGGGGUUUUAAUUGUAUCCAUCAAGUUGAGUUAUACUCUUUGAAGAGUGAUUCUUGGAAACAAAUUUCUGUGGUUGGCAUGAUUCCCAGUAAUAUUUAUGUUGAAUGGUCUAAUGUUUACCAUGCUGGAAUUCAGUAUUGGUGGGCUGAAUUGAAGUAUGUUCAGAUGCUCCUGUCUUUUGACUUUGUAGAUGAAGUGUUUGAACUAGUACCAUAUGUUGGAGCUCGACAUAAUAUCAUGUCUACGCUUGACCUUGGGAUCUUCAAUGGAUCUCUUGCUUCUAGUCAUGGUGAAUUGGGGUGUAAGCGUAGAGGGAAGUGCUUUGAUAUAGGGGUGAUGACUGAGCACCAAGUUAAGGAUCGUUGGGUCAGAAUGAUACGUAUUGGACCCUUUCCAGAAUUUAAAAGGCCUUUGGGAUUUUGGAAGAAUAGUGUUGUGUUUUCACAAAGUCAUAGCCUGAUCCUGUAUGAUAUGAACACACAAAAGCUGAAGAAUGUUCCAGUUGCUUCUAGUUUUCCUAGAUGCGAUAUGGCGGUUGCGAAUUAUGUGGAAAAUCUUGUUCCAAUCAAGGGCAGUCGGAAAGAGAACGAUAGUCGAUAGGAUGAGGAUGAAUCCUUUGUUUGUAAGAGAAGUUUGAAUUAUUAGAGCAACAGACUUGGAAUACCGAAUUAAGUAAGGAUCAUCUUUAUAUGGUAUGGCCUUUUAGUGUUCCAUCAGAUUAUGACUUCAGGCAUGGCGUUUGAUAAAAUAUAUAUCUCAACCAUAUUAGGGUUCACUAGAAUGUAAGAAUGCAACUUAAAUGGCUUUGUUUUGAGUUAUGGCGGUGUUUCCUUGAUUUUCUUUCUAAAAGGUUCCUUGUCCGUGAUGUAUUCUGUUACCCUGUGUUGCACUUUAAAGAUUAGCAUUUGCUAUGUCGUUAACAAUGCUUGUCCAAAUUAUCAAUCAUUAUGUUCGGAAAUUCACUCAUAUUUCAAAUGCUGUAAUUUGGCAUUGCAUGAUAUAGAUUCGUCUUUUUA